GAGGAGGAGGAAGAGGAACCGGAGGUGCAGAACGAACAUGCCAGACCUCGGCAGGUGCUCCGACGACCGGACAGAAAACGCGAGGUUCAGAGGAUCGCGGCGAGCAUCAAGCGCAAGGAAGACACCAAGCGCUUGGAGUUGGGCGAGCCCUUCCUGAACCGUCGCGUUGAGCUCAACAAAGCGAUGCGAGCUUCUGAGUUGCUUGAAAGAGAUUCGGUGAUCCUGGAUGCCGCUGCGGAAUCAUCCACAAGUGGCCAGCAACUGAAUGCCUUGCAAGAGAAGAUUGCAGUGGUCCAGUCCUUGCAAUCCACGCUCUUCGACACCUUUGACCAGCCGAAUCCUCCGGCCUCUGCGCUGGCUACUUUUGAGCAGCUGAUUCCAAGGGAAGUGAGGAGGCUGCGGAGGAUGCGCUGCGACGGUAGCAACGAGGACCUCAUGAGCCCGGUCACGACGAAGUUCUCGCGGGAGGAGGAGGUCGAGGAUCACUGCAGCGCCGUGCUUGGCGGUGCUGUCUUGCACCACUGGGAGCUGACGGGCUCCUGGCACACCGCGCCGGUCCUCAACCCCAACGA